GGAGGCUGCCGUUAUAUAAAGUCAACAGUCGCCGACGCCUCAGGGUUGCGGCGGUGUUGGAGGUGGCCAUGAAGACGCCCAAGACGCCGUGGCCGGCGAUGGUGGUGUUGUGGCAGAGCGUUCAACCUACAAUCAGAUGGUCGUUAGUUCAAACCCUGGUCAAGGAUUGCCUUAACCCACCUUCCUUCAAGAUGCCGGCUUUUGCGGAUCAGAAGGUCCACAUGAAGGAUCCAGCACGCGUGCAACAGAUCGUGGAUUGCCUCAUCAGUGGUGGCCCCAAAAAGCUACAGGUGAUAACAGACUUUGACAUGACACUGACAAGGUUUUCCAACAAUGGAAAGAGGUGCUCGACUUGCCACAAUGCAAUUGAGACUUGCAAUCUAAUGACAGACGAAAUAAAGAAACAGAUGGCUGCACUGAAGUCAAAGUUCUACCCCAUUGAGAUCAACCCCAAUCUCUCUGCUGAAGAAAAGAUUCCUUUCAUGGUUAAUUGGUGGUCAAAGUCCCACGACCUUAUGGUGGACAUGCAAAUCCGAAAAGAGCAGCUGGCCAAGGUGGUGCAAGAGUCUGAUAUCCAGCUCCGGGAUGGUCACACGCGGUUUUUCGAAGCGCUGCACCAGCUGGACGUGGCGGUGUUCAUCUUCUCGGCCGGCGUGGGGGACAUUUUGGAACACGUGCUGAACAAUGCGGGCGCCAUGCGCCCCAACGUGCAAAUCGUCUCCAACUACAUGGACUUCAACGAGGAGGGCGUCCUGCAAGGCUUCAAGGGGGAGCUGAUUCACACCUACAACAAGAACGAGAGCGCGCGCUCCAACGCCGGCUACUUUGAGAGACAGCGCGACUGCACCAACGUCAUCCUGAUGGGCGACUCAAUGGGUGACGUGCGCAUGGCAGACGGGGUCCCGCACGUCGACAACAAACUCACCAUCGGCUUCCUCAACGACAAGGUGGAGGAGAGCCUGGAGAAGUACAUGGACUUGUAUGACAUCGUUCUCGUCCGUGACGAGACUCUGGACCUGGUGAACAGCAUCCUGGAGGAACUGCAGAAACGCACUCAAGCGGACUGGGCGGGGGAGAAGAGCGACACGCCCAGUAUCGUCUAGUACUCAGUAAUAAUAUUAAUAUUGUUAUUGCUUGCACGUUUUUUUAUUUUAAUAUUAUAUUGAAAUACUUCAUUUAACCUUUUCAGACUUUAUGGGUGUCACGUUUAUUGAUGCAAUCUGAUGCACUUGACGGUACAGAGGAGAAAACUGCAACAACUGAAACGCACAAUGCUUUCUUUAAUAUUUUUAGAUGCACUUUUAAAUGUAUGAAUACAUUGGUGCAAUGUUUAUUUCUGCGUGAUAUUUUUAAAAGAAAAGUUAAUGAAGACUAACACCUACGCAAAGCUAAAUGGAGGUCUGGUUGGCCUCGUGGGUGGGUUUGGCAGGGGCGGCCUCUGCAUCGUGUCGGAGUAACGGAUUCACGUUGCGUUUCGCAAUGGUCACUUGUGCAGCUGAUUGUUUUGUUUAUCGGAAUGCAGCACUCUUGCGUAUUUAGUGAUGCGCCUUUGCUGAAAUUGCAUCGGAGCCAGUCGUUGCGGGAGUGUUGUGUGGUGUUCAUUUUGGCCAGUACAGCACAGUAUUGAUGAAGACAUUUGCGUUAUAACCACUGCCAUUGUUUUCCACUCAUUGCAUAGUCAAACAACCUGCACUUGCUGAGACUGUGAAAUCCAAGGUGGAGGCAGUUGGGAGGCGUUUAUUUCUAAAAUAAGCACUCGGGUGUGGUGAUGGUAAAUAUUGGUCAAGUUCAUCUGCCAGCGAUGGGCUCUGUGUGAAGUUCAGAUGGGAUACAUUUCUGCAGUGACUUUUACCAGUCGAAUAAAAACCACCGUGUUUUUUAUUGUGACACAAAUUAAUAUCUGUCCCGCACUUCGGACCUGUUUGCUUACAGAUGCUAUUUCUAAAGGACCGUCGGCUGUGUAAAAUCUAUUAAUUUACCUGAACAGUCCAAGCUAAAACGAUGUAUGGAAACCACACGGUCGUGUAUUUUGUUUGCACUUUCAGUAUAACUUGUUAUGAAUGCAUCGAACGCUAGAACAUGUAUUUAAAUUACGUAAGAAAAUACGUUUUUAUAAUUACAAUAUUGCGGAAAUCGCAAUAAACAAAUGUGGCGGUGUGGUGGUGCAGUGGUUCGCGCACUUAGCUAUGUGUUGUGCACCUGGCAACCCAAGUUUGAUUCGCGGCCAUAAUUACCUUCAGUGGAGCUUGGUGAUCUCGACCAUCCCACUCCGCCCUCUGGCUUGCACUGGUCAGCACGUGGAGUGUGGGCACACAAACUCCACGACUGGACCCGGGUCUCGUUCACUUGGACUUUAAACAGAUUUCGAUUCAACUGUCUAUAGCAGCCACUGUUACGUUAUUCGUUAAUUCACAGCACGAUAUUUUGCAAUAAAGCAGACAAAACACCAGGGGGCAGUUUUUUUCGAUAAUUUCCUGCAGUGUAUUUGAUGGAAAAGCACUUUUCAGUAUUGUUUGUGUCGUCACCAAUUCCGAAGCUUCCUGGUACUGUUCAAGGAUUAUUACGAAUGUUGUCCAGAGGGCCAACUCUUCCCUUCUCGCCACAUGCAGCUGUCGGUCAUCUUGUACGUGUUAUUAAAAAAAAACAGGCUGAAAUGCGUUAUUCAUAAAGUACGUGGACAGCUGACAUAAUCACGUCAUUUUGAUAUCGGCAUUGAUUGUUUUUAAAACAUGCACAAUCUAAACAUGUUUUUUCAUCCAGACAUGACUUUUACAAAUAAAAAAAAUAUUUCAAAGCA